UGUAACAAAGAGACAUAUCGUAGUUCGAUUCCAGAGUGAGAAGUUGUGAAAAUAUGGUGUUAAAGAGCGACUCCCCCACGGGCUACUAUGUCCAGCAGCGGCCCUGGACCCCAACCAAAAGAAGAGGUCCCAUAGCAGCAGAGUACACCAGUCCAGGACCAGCUGCAUUCACACUGCCUUCAACUAUCGGUGCAGGAGGUCGGGAAUUGACGGGUACAAAGUCACCAGCUUUCAGCUUCGGAAUUAAAACAGAAGAAAAGAGAGAGGUUAUCAAGCCUGGUCCAGGCAGCUAUAAUAUUUCUGGGAUCUCCCAAAAAGGAAAGGACAUAGUUCAGGCUCCUACCAUCUCCGGUCGACUACAAGAGCCUGCACCAUUCAAAACCCCUGCUCCUGGAGCUUAUAGCCCUGAAAAAGCAGGCAAGACAGUUCUCAAUGGAUCACCUAGUUAUACUUUUGGUAACAAAGCCAAGGAUCCGAAGCAGGACAAUUUUCCAGCUCCAAAUUCAUAUAAUGUGGAUAUAUGGGAAAACACUCAACCCCAAUCUCCCUCUUACUCGAUGGGAACCAAAUUGAAUGAUGCUACAAUAAACAAGAACCCUGGGCCAGGAUCAUACAAUAUCCCUUCGAGUGAUGUCUCUAGGGUUAAGUCUCCGGCAUAUACCCUCAGCCAACGAACUCCUAUAAUCACUGAUCGUACCCAGAAGCCAGGUCCAGGAACUCACUCGCCUGAAAAAGUGUGGAUUAAUAAACAGAACUCACCUCAAUAUUCUUUUGGCAUCAGACACACGCCAUAUAUAGUCAUUCCAACUUUUAAAUCUUAGAAGCAGGCAAGCGUGAUCAUGUCCCCUUUGUCUGGACAUACUGGUUUAUGUUGUCACUAAACAAAGUCCUGCCUAUACCUUUGGUGUGGCACAUUCACCUUAUGUUUACCUUGCUCCUGGAAAAUCUCCUUGAUUCAACGAUCUUAACUACUGCUGAUCUUUGAUUGCAUAGCUUUUACUGCCACUUCUUAAUGGAAGAACCAGGACUAAGAACCGAAUUUUUUCUAAAUGCUAUAUCUUAUACAUAAUAAAUGAAACUAU